AUGGGUAUCGGAACCAAGAUCAAGGACGCUCUUCACGGCGACCAGCAUCACACCACAGACACCACCAAGACGCCUGGCUCUUACCCAUCCGAGGAGGUACCCCGUACCCACAACAAGGUUGGGGUGCACGAGACCGCCAACCCUCACUCUGGUCCCCUCAACUCUCACUCAGCCACCAGAACUGAGCACGUGCCCGGGCAGGCUUCGUCUGAGUAUACCUACGGCUCCAAUGCUGGUCACACGGGACGUGAUGGCCUCACGGCUGGCGAAGGACGAAGAGAUCAUGGCUUGACUGGAACCACUGGUACCACAGGAACUACCAGCACAACAGGAGUCCACGGCAACAAACUCACCAAGGGCCACAAGGAUCCUUACUGGGGAGAAGCUGACCGUGCCCAUGCCGGCGCACCUGGUACCGGGCCAUCAGCCCAUACCGGCGUACUGGGCACUAGUACUGGCCCAUCUACUCAUCAUGGCAAUGACCUGAACGCCCAUGAGGUCAACAACCGUUACAACAACACCUCGGCACAUGGAGAUGGUGCACACGUUGGUCACCACGGAAAUACUACUGGUCAGCAUGGCGUUGCAGCGAGCGGACUCGCCGGCCAACACCAUGACAACCGCUACGAGUCUCCCCGUACAGCACCAUCCCCAACCAGCGGUGUUGCAUCUACUGCCAGAGAUGGCCUUGUCGAUGGUAGGACAACUGGUCGCGAGUAUGAUGCUCCCCACGGGAUAUCACACAAGACCCACGCACCCACGCACACAACCCAUUCGCCCACAACCGGGGGCGGCAUGGCGUCCAACCUAGCUCACCGUCCUCACGACGUAGACUCUACUCGUCGUGAUUACAAGACUGAUGAGUACGAUGCACCGACCAGUAGCACUGGUCGUGGUCACGGCGGCUUGGCCGGAGCUGGAACUGGUGCCGCUGCAGGAUAUGGCGCUUCCAAGAUGGCUGACCACCACCAUGAGCACGACUUACGCAACAACGAAGCGUAUGGGGCAGACAGAGUCGGUGGCCCACAAAGUCACAACGCUCAUGGCAUCCAUGACACCGUAGGCUCUCAUGGCAGAACCACCGGUACUGGCCCAGGCAUGCUCGACCCCUACGGAAAGAGCUCAACUACCGCUGCGCCGACUUCCAUGCUUGACCCUUAUGGCAAGGAAUCGACUACUCGGGACCCUAUUCAUGCCCGAGGUGAUCACUCUAGCAUCGGAUCCUCUGAGCUCGGCCAUGGAUCAAGAACUGGAGGCACCACAAUGGGUGAUGACCACCACGGUCCCGGUCACACGGGUGCUAAGGUUAUGCACCAAUGCCACAACUGUGGUGCGGAUAAUGAUAUUUCAAGGCACUUUCAGAAAGAAGCCGUUUACCGGAUGUCGUAA